AGCCAUUGGGUGAACAUGGACAUCCUGAUCAGGGCUCUAUACAGCAAAGGACACUCCAUCAUUGUGCUGCGAAACACCAAGAGCUGGUACAUCAAAGGGGAGUCAUCCUACUAUGACUCUAUCACAAUUCCCACAGUGCAAGGGCAUGACAAAGAGCGUGUCAAAGGUCUCAUCUCCAAAAUAAUGGCCAUUGAGCGGGAAGGUGAUUCCGCAAUGAGUUCCAUUUCCAUGCAGCUGUCAAUCUUCUCUGCCAGGAGAAAUAUGCAUUCAACCACAUGUCAAGUGUUGUCCACCAUGUUUGAAGACAAAGCCUUAAUGCAACGCCUGAACGAGAGCCAGUUUGAUUUAGUUCUCGCUGACCCUGGAUAUGGUGAUGGCAUUAUACUGGCUCACUAUCUAAAGGUUCCCCUCGUGUACAAUGCCCGAUUUAUCCUCAGUGAGGAAGGACACUUCUUUCUAGCUCCUUCACCAGUAUCUUACAUACCAAUCAUGAGGUCAGGUCUGUCGGACAAAAUGACCUUCUUCGAAAGAAUGAAAAACAUGCUAUUUUACAUAACGGCACAAUUUCAGAGAAGUUACAUAAUUGGACCUCUGUAUCAGGCAGUUUGUGAUAAAUACUUUGAAGAGAAACUAGAUAUUUAUGAACUUGUGCAGGCAGCAGACAUCUGGCUGAUGAGAGUGGACUUUGUGUUUGAGUUCCCCCGCCCCACCAUGCCCAAUGUGGUCUACAUGGGUGGCUUCCAGUGCAAGCCAGCAAAGCCUCUUCCUCAAGACCUGGAGGACUUUGUGCAGAGCUCUGGAGAACAUGGUGUUAUCGUUAUGUCUUUGGGGACGUUUGUAAGUGACCUUCCGACUGAUGUGACUGAAGAUAUAGCAGGUGCAUUUGCUGAACUGCCCCAAAAAGUAAUCUGGAGGUACACAGGAGACAGGCCCUCAGCCCUGGGCAAUAACACCCUCCUGGUUGACUGGAUGCCCCAAAAUGACCUCCUGGGACACCCCAAAACCAAACUCUUUGUCGCCCACGGAGGAACUAAUGGGGUACAGGAAGCUAUCUAUCAUGGGGUUCCAGUGGUAGGAAUUCCUUUAUUCUUUGACCAGCAUGAUAACCUCCUUAGGCUGCAGAAACGAGGUGCUGCACAAGUCAUAACACUUGCCAUGCUAAACAAAGACAGCUUCCUCCAGGCCUUGCAGGAGGUGCUCCAUGUGCCGUCCUACAGGGAGAACAUGCAGAGGCUCUCCAGGCUGCACAGAGACCAGCCCAUGGAGCCCCUGGACCGAGCCCUCUUCUGGAUCGAGUUUGUCAUGAGACACAAAGGUGCUGCUCACCUGCGCACAGAGUCCUACAAGAUGCCCUGGUACUCCUACCACUCCCUGGAUGUUGCAAUCGUUCUGCUAACUGUUGCAGUCAGCUUUUUAUACGCUGGGAUGUGUGCAACCAGAUUAUUUUGCCUCAAUGUUUUCUUUAGGAAAAAGGUCAAACUUGAGUAA